AACCCUGGACAUUUUUAAUUUCACUUGGAUUUUCUCUCCUGGUUUUUUCCUUUGUGGCUGUCUGCCAUUUUCUGCUCUCAUUCAUACUUGCCUCAGUGAUACGCUGUUUCUCCCCAGUCCUCCCUGUAUCCCUCUUCACCUUUGCAUAUCAUACUGGUUCUUUGAGAGGCUUCAUCCUGGCCGGCACUAUUCCAGCCAAGGGGGAAGAAGACUUCCUGACGCUGGCCGCUUCACGGCUCAGCCGCAGGAAACGCGUUAUUGGAGCUGCUGUAGGUGUAGCAAUGGUUCUAAUACUCUUGGUGGCCAUUCCCUUGCUGGUCCACACAACCAAAGGAGGGAAUGCUGGAAAUGCAGGGAGCCAUUAUGAAAUGCUCGGAAGCUGCAGGAUGGUAUGUGAUCCUUACACCACAUCUCAGCCAGGCCAGGAGCUGACAGCUGUGUCUCCACCUCCCCAGGAUUACUCUGGGAAGAAGAUAAAGUCUGGGCUACGAGGGCCUCCAGGGAUCCCUGGCCCUCCAGGAGCACGUGGACCCCCUGGAGAGCCAGGCAAGCCAGGGCCACAGGGUCCGCCAGGUCCAGGCCCAGGUGGCUAUUCUCCUUCACUCUACACUCCCAAAAUUGCCUUUUACGCAGGGCUACGCAAGCAGCACGAAGGCAAUGAAAUACUGAAGUUUGAUGAUGUGGUGACCAAUGUAGGUAACUACUAUGAGCCCAGCACUGGCAAAUUCACCUGCCCACUGCCUGGCAUCUAUUUCUUCACCUACCAUGUUCUAAUGAGAGGAGGUGACGGUACAAGCAUGUGGGCAGACUUGAGGAAGAAUGGAUUGGUAAGAGCAAGCGCCAUUGCUCAGGAUGCUGAUCAGAAUUACGACUAUGCCUCCAACAGUGUGAUUCUGCAUUUGGACGUAGGUGAUGAGGUGUGUGUGCAGCUGGAUGGAGGAAAGGUCCACGGAGGAAACACAAAUAAGUACAGCACCUUCUCUGGCUUCCUCAUCUACCCAGAUUAAAUUUUAAUCCUGACAGAGAGAAAAAAAAAACCCAUCAACAUACAUGUAGACACACUGACACUUAUACAAACAUGUAUGUAUGCAAAUUAAUGCACAAACACAGAAAUGCAGUGUACACACAGAAAUAUGCACAUACAUGAAUGCAAACAAGCACACACACGAUCAUAUCUGCAUAAAGACACCAUGGAAUUGCAGUCUAUAACAAAAAAAAUAAAAAAUUUGAGUGAAAAUCAGAGAUAAAUGGAAUUAAGUCAAUCUGUGCCAACAAUCAUUUACUGGUGCCCUUUGUAUUCAAAUGUGAAUUUCAGAAUAUGUACAAUAUAGGUGUAAAUAAAAAUUCUACAUUGUGGCUCGGAAAUAUCUAAAGAAUUAUGAUGUAUUAUUUCUUAACUGACAUUGUGAGAACUAGAAUAAAUGAAACACCACAAGUCUGACUGUUGUACUGCAAUAAUGGUGUUAAGGGUGCCAUUAAUUAAGAUAACAAAGGUGAGACAAAUGUGUUCCAGUCUUUAUCUGCACAGUAUUUAUUUCGACAUUUCUGCUCUGCUUUCCAACAAUCUCUUUGAAUGGCCAGCCUGUAUUUUGCAACUCAUCAGUGUAAAAUACUUCCCCCUAUGCUUCAAAGUGAAUUACGCCAAUUGAAAAGAAUUAAAUCCUUGUUGUCACUCAGCCCGCAUUGGGACGAUACUGAUUGAAGCAAGGCCAUUUGAAUAAACAGAUGCUUGACUCUUCUCUCCCAUUUUGAUUAUGACACUGAAUAUCACUUGGCAAGACAAAACAAAGCAUCUGAACAUUCCAAGGAAACAUGUCACGAUGCAUUUCAUUGAUGGCACUUUUGUGUAAUGAAAUUUUAAUUGCCGAGUGCAUUAUUGACGAUAUUGUGUGUGGUUGAGAGCAUGUGUGUCUGAGGGUAAGUGGGCAUGUUAAUAUGUGCGAGUGGAUAUAUAUAUAUAGAUCAUGUAAGAUACUGGGAAGGUGAAAAAUGGACAAGUCCAGUGUUUUACUUACAUUGUUGUACAUUUCACAUGUUACUAGAAUUACACUGCCAUACCUGAGAUAUCUUGUCAAAGAAUCACCACAUGUAAACAGUCAUUUUGGGGAUGGGCGAUGACGUAUACUGAGAAGUUUGAGUUGACCAUUGC